AGCACACCUAACCAAACCAUUCAUUCACUUCAUCCCUGCACGUCGACACAUGCCCACUGCACGUCAAUGAUCCACAGCGAACUAGUGGGCCACAACUAUAGGCACCUGCUAUAGCCUCCUACUUGACGGAGGACCGUCGUAGCAACGACAGCGCGCGUGCUAGAUUCUGGCUUGCUCCAGUCCCACACAGCAGGUGGUGGCGUGGGUCGUGGUGCUUCCAAGCUGCGCGAGCGUGGAUGAUCCUUUUGGGAGAUUAUGGACUUCUGAGGGCGUUCGUUCGAACUCUCAUGCUUCCUCCCCUCGAGCUCUGCGAGCAGCGACGACUCUUCCCUGUAUCUCAUCGGGGCAUUAAUUGGCACGCUAUUAUGCUCAUCGCAGCGAAGUGGUCGCGCAAGCUCGACUUCCGAAAGCGGCCAUCUGAGUAUCUCUUGCGCGCCUGGGUCCAAGACCACCACGGAUGCGGUGUACAUCGGCCGCCUUCAGCAGAGAGGAAUUGCAAAGGCUCAACCUCAAUCAUCAACCCAUCCUCUGCUACAAGUACUCGGUCGCUCUACUUGCACAAAGAAUCUUGUGUGACUUUUUGCCUGGUAUUCUGUCCGUCUCUGCUUGCUCGCCCGUCCCUUUUGGCCACCUCCCGAGACAAAGCCUGCCUUCAGACAACGACGACAACAACGAAGACGACGACGACGACUGCAGCAAAGACGCACAAUCAACUCGUCUCUCCCGCCUCGCAGCAAAGAAGAACAACAAGGCGAGUGCUCAUCACGAAUCUAAGCCAAGGGAACAUUCGGUCCGGCUGCCGGUAUCGUGCAGAACAAAGUGCAUGCUACAGCGGCUGGUCGCACAACACCUUCUUUGACUGCUGCCCUGAUAGACACUGGUCUAUUCGAUUCCCCAGAGUCUCUCAUUCACAGGUCUCGGGGUCGAGCCGCCACGAUUCACUUCAAGAAUGACAACCGCUGCCAUGAUGCACCCGGGUCCGUCUCACGAUCAGGUCGAUGCAGAUCUCAUCAACCAGGUCGGCAGAUACAACGCAGAAAGUGCGCCAUACCACCAACAGGCCAUCGAACACUUCCCAGACUACCAUGAAGAUUACAACGGCUCUGGUGUCUAUCAGGACACUUUCGAUGGUAGCUACUCCAGCGAACACGCCUACGUACACAACGCGCCAACCCCUCGAUCCAAUACGGCCAGUGAUGGCGUUCGCACUCGAAGCGGUCGAUCUGCCCGGACGAGAACAGACUCGCCCUUCAGCAGUGGCAAGUCCAGAGUAUCCAAGUCUCCCGCUCCCCGCAAGAAAGACAAGAAAGCCAAGUCCGACAAGCACAAGGGGCCACCACUCACGGCUCCGUUGUCUGUUCUGACCAAGGAUUCACCUGUGCCUGUGAAAGACAUUGAAGCAUUAGUGAACCGUUCUACAGAAGUGCGACUUGAGGAGGUCGCGAAGAACAAGGGAUACAUCAAGCGUCCGAUGAACUCUUUCAUGCUGUAUCGGUCAGCAUAUGCAGACCGAACGAAGAAGUAUGGCGAACAACAGAACCAUCAGAUCGUGUCGGCGAUGGCUGGUGAAUCAUGGCCCAUGGAGUCGGAAGACAUCCGGAACCAAUUCGAUGAAUGGGCCAAGCUUGAGCGUCAGCAUCAUCAAGAGGCGCAUCCGAACUACAAGUUCUCUCCCAGCAAGACGUCCAACAAGCGCCGCAAGGGAGAGCUCACCGAGGAUGAAGAAGAUGCAAGUGAUCUCGAUGAACGAGAUCCAGAUGGAGAGUAUCGUGGUGGUCGCCAGGUUCGACAGAAACGGCAAGGCCGCGAUGUGACCUACUUGCCCAGCAACAGUGGUUUCGAGUCGCAUCCCUACUACGGUCAGCAGCAAGUCAGUGGCUAUGAGCAGUCGCACUUUCAGUACGCCAAUCCGGGACGGCCUCUUCCAUCGAACGUCGCCUACGACCCGCAGACUGGACAACCCUACAAUCCGCAGACUCACACUUGGAUCCAGACCACUCCUCAGCAACAGCAACAGCAGCAGCAGCAGCAGCAGCAGCAGUUCCCACAGAACCCAUACAUGUAUCAGGAGCUGCACACCGCGCCUCGUGCCCCCACACCCGUGUCGCUUCACGGCCAACAAACCACCAUGGGAAGUCUCGGCCUACCCGGAGGUUCCAAUCCCGAAGACCUAUUCGGCAGCUCGAGAACCAGCACUCCUCAGCAAUAUAGCAAUAGUGUAUAUGGUGGUGGCCCAGCCGUCUACGCUUCUUACCAGAACCAGUAUCAUCAGCAUCAGCAACAGCAGCAGCAGCAACAUCAAGAAUACCACAUGGCGCCCACAUCAGCCACUCCCCAACCUGGCUCUCAGCAGUAUGAACACGCGCAAUAUCUCACUCAACACCAAGAUGUCGUCGAUCCCACUUUACAAGCUUUUCAAUUGGAAGCCGCUGUCUCUGGUAGUGGUGGCAGGAGUAGUGACAGCCACUUUGACGACGCGCUUGGUGAUUUGAGUGAGGGAGAUAUGUCAGGUCUGCCGCUGACGGAGUAUUAUGAUCAGAAUCCUCAGAGUCCCACGGGGGGGAAUGCCACUUUGGCGCCUGCGUGGGAUAUGGCGCGGGAUUUGAAGUGA